CCAAGAUUGUUGUUGCAGGUAUGUGUGGCUGACAUAGACACGCAGGCUGGAACCGCUACGGUAGAACAGCUUCAAGAAUCUUAUGGUCAAGAUAAUGUUAUAUUCGUCGCCUGUGACGUUACCAAAGAUGAUGAUUUUUUAGCUGCCUGGGACACAGGGGCGGAGAAACUGGGCACCAUCUCACUCCUCAUCAACAACGCAGGUAUUGGUAAUGAACAGAACUGGCAGAAGACCAUUGAUGUUAACUUGGGAGGGUGUAUGAGGGGAACACUGCUGGCGCUGGAGAGGAUGGGCAUAAACCUUGGCGGUGAUGGAGGCGUUGUGGUUAAUAUCUCUAGUAUCGCAGGACUCAAGCCAACGCCUCUGGGACCCGUCUAUGCUGCCACCAAGCAUGCUGUCGUCGGCCUCACCAGGAGCUUAGGGUCCGAGUUCCAUCAUAAGAUUAGUGGUGUGAAGGUUCAAAGUCUGUGUCCCAGCCUGGUGAAAACCGACCUUCUAGUCAACUCACUCAAGACUGCCUUCACCCCCGAGGUCGGUCAAGCCUUGACCAAGUUUGCUGAUUCUCUCAAAGAUAUGUCAGCGGAGACGGUAGCAGAGGCACUAGUGAAGCUGCUAGAGGAAGGUCGUAAUGGAGCUUGUAUGGUGGUAGUAGCUGACAAAGCUCCCUUCUACGUGGACUCCCCCAUUCCUUCCUAGCUCCUGCUGCUGCUGCUCCUGCAUUACAACCGAAGCAAAUUACGUCUUGUUCCAUUUGCCUGUGUAAAACAUCACUUGUCUAGCAGCCACAGCAGCGAUGAUCAACACAACUACUAACACAUAACAAAAACGUCUUGACUUGAGCUUUCUAAAUCACCACAGUCUUUUGAUGGAAGAUUUUAUAUAUCUUAAUAUUUUUAUGUAAGCUCUGAAGUACAUGGCUAUACAGAGUACAUAUAUGGACUCGCGUGUGAGUCUGCAGGGUUGUUCACCGGAAUUUUCACACAAUUUGUUACUCUCACAUUGUAAAUUUAUCAUUCCAUAUUUAAGUAUAUUGAAAAUUCAUUAUCAGUUAUGUCUGGUUCAUUACUGGCAUUAAUAUGUAAUUUUCAUAAAUUUUGGAAUUAACGUAAAAUAUUACAUUCUAUAUUGAUUUGAAUUAUAUUUUGAAACUCACACAAUUAUACUUUAGGGGUCCUAGAAUUAUUACGAAUAUAUUUACAAAAAGAGUAAAUCCUCGUGGGUCAUUUAGAAUUUAAAAUUCUCAAUUCGUAUAAAUAAUUUCCAAGUCUUGCAGCUUCGUAAAAUGGUACAGUUUAUGAAAAAGAAACACACACUGUGUGAAGAGGCGGGGACCAGGAGCUGAGUCUCAACCCCUGCUACCAUAAAUAGGUGAGUACAAAUAGGCGAGUACACAGACAUACUCAGUCCGUUCACACAGUUGCUCUCCACCACAAGAAGCCUCUCUUCGACCCCGCCGGAGUGUAGAAUUUAUAUUCUACAAACGUCACAUCCUUUUCACAAUGCUGUCGAAUCGUGUGAAAAUCAAGCCUGUGAAUGGUGCAAUAAAUGACUCCUCGAAGUUAGCUUUAGCUACCGUCGUUAGGACCUGCCUGCAGGUCAAAUUUACGGCAAUCCACUCUCUGAAAGACUCCUUCAUUGUCGUCUGCACAGACGACACGGAAGCACUAAAACUAAUGGACGACUCUUCAAUCAGGACCCUACAAACGCAACAAUUCACUCUAUCCCCGUCUCCAUUCUUGAAGUCGAAACGUUCUGUCUUUGUGAAAAGACUGGACAAUAUCGUCACCUCUCUCUCUACUGAAGCACUGAAGACAUCUAUUGAGGAACAAAACACCUGGGCCUCGGUAGACAGCAUCUCCAAGAUCCCCAACGCCUCAUCUAUGCUAAAGAUUACAUUCUCAGAUAUCUCCAUGGCUGCCCAAGCUCUCUCUGACGGUCUGGUCAUCUCAUAUUACCACAUUCACCCAAGUCAUAUAGAACAAGAACGUUUCACAUACAUCUCCCACUGCUGGACCUGCUACUCCUAUAAACACACCACCAAGGACUGCCCCGUCAAGGAUAUGAAGUUUUGUUCAAAAUGUGGGAAUGAUGGACACGAUUUCAGAUCCUGCACCAUUACUACAACACCAACAUGUCUUAACUGCAAGGGUAAUCAUCAUACCCUUGCAGCUAAGUGCCCACUCAGGAAAGAAAUCAUAUUGAAGAAAACUAAAGUUCUGAAGAACACCUCCAAUUCACCCACAUACUCUGCAAUAACUAAACCACAAACCGACACCACCAAGACUCUACACGCUAAUCUACAGGCACCAUCGCCCAGCAACUCCCUCUCUCCACUCCCCGACGGUGCUCCCUCAAAGGUGCUGUACUGCAUGGUGUAUGCACACCUUGCAAACUCAGCAAACCCCGGGACUUUCAACACCACUGUUAACGAACUAUUCCGUCUGAACAACAUGCCUGCCUUCAAUUUUCCGGACUCCACACCUUCAGAAGACAUCCUCAAGAUCCUUCCCAACGUCAUGAACUUUACUGCUCCUGCAGACCUGUCUCCUGCCCAAGCAACUGCUCCUGUAACUUCUAUAACCACUUCCACCGCUGACAACGUUGAUCAAGUUGCCUCAGCCACCGUCUCCCACCUCUCCCAGCCUGCUGUUACACAACCAUUACACCUCACAGCUGCUCCUGUCGAACCUCAGUCACCUGCUACCACCAUUGUAGAUUCUCCCAAUGAAUCCACUCCAGAAGAGGAAGAUAACGACGACUCCAGUAAACCCUCAUGGGAAAACCUUACCUUUUACACUUCUUCAAAUGCUGACACCAUGUCCUGUACUGAACUCUACAAAAGCCUCGGUGCUGGAACAGUCGAGUAUGCCUGUGAAUCACCGCUUCACUUCACACUCACCCAAGUUCUUGAGUUCAUCAAGCCUCUACGUUUCACCUUCAGUAACAAGGCUAAACUAUACCACCUAUCUAGAAGCAGCUUCAAAAAGUUCGAAAAUGGCUCCAUUGCUAACCUGCCUCCUCAGUUACUCCUAUAACUCCCAUAUGUGUUCUAUCCUCUGAUGUGACCUAGCCUGCUGCCAGCUACUCAAGAUUCAAGACUUCAACUACCACAAGUUCAAUGCAACAGUCCCUGCUAUUCCUGUUCUCAAGUCUGCACCACGAUCACCUUAGCUGCUGGGUUAAGUCCUGGCUCUGUUUCUCUGACUAAGAACACUUCUCUCCAGAGCUAUUCUUCAUCUGUCCCAUCUUCCCCGCUCAUCCCAUUGGGAUCUUACCUGAACUUGUUUGCUUUGCUUGCUUACAUAUAAAGUACGAUAAAAGUCUUGGAGCAAGGAAAGGGUGAACUUAGUAACAACCAGCGAAGAGGUGGGGUCAGGAGCUGCGACUCGACCCCUGCAACUAUAAACAGAUAAGUAGAAAUAGGUGAGUACACACAGACACACAUAUUUACUUCAAAAUCAUUAGCCUGAGUGAAAAAUUUGCUCAAAAUGAUUGAAUUAGGCAACUUGAAUCUAACAGUAGGUAGAUUUUUCUAUAUGUUAAAGUGUAUAUAAGAAUAACUAACACGGGGAUUGUUCCAUGAAUGUCCUCUAUCGAUUAUUAUUAUUAUUAUAAUCAAGGGGAAGCGCUAAACCCGGAGGAUUAUACAGCGCCUGGGGGGGGGAUGUGGAAGGCAUUCAGGCUUAACUCGGGGAACUGGAACACAGAUCCAAUUCCCUAAAUCAAGAGCCCCUCACCAACAUCAAGGAACCUUCCUUGUGGGUUGUCCUCUAUCGAAAUGGUAGCUACAAUAUUCAUUUCUCAUCAUUUAAUAUCAGGAUUGUAAUAUGAGAAUAUUUUGAAUUUUCUCUAAAAUGAACUUCUCCAGAAAUAUUUUGUAUUACUCUGAAGUUCUAAUAAUAAAACAAAAUAAUCA